CGCCGCCGCCGCCGCCCCCCCCCGCCGCCGCCGCCGCCGCCGCCGCACCAGGAGCUGGCCCCGGCCGCCGCCCGGCCGGCCAUGGUGCCCGGCAUGGCCUCGCUGCUGGACGGCGCCGCCGAGUACCGGCCCGAGCUCUCCAUCCCGCUGCACCACGCCAUGAGCGUGCCCUGCGAGCCCUCGCCGCCCGGCAUGGGCAUGAGCGGCACCUACACCACGCUGACGCCGCUGCAGCCCCUGCCGCCCAUCUCCACCGUGUCCGACAAGUUCCACCACCCGCACGCCCACCCGCACGCCCACCACCACCACCACCACCAGCGCCUCUCGGGCAACGUCGGCGGGAGCUUCGCCCUCAUGCGGGACGAGCGCGGGCUGCCCGCCGUCAACAACCUCUACGGGCCCUACAAGGAGAUGCCGGCCAUGGGGCAGAGCCUGUCCCCGCUGGGCAACGGGCUGGGCGCGCUGCACGGCGCGCAGCAGGGCCUGCACGGCUACGGGCCGCCGGGCCACGACAAGAUGCUCGGCCCCAACUUCGACGCGCACGCGGCCAUGCUGGCCCGGGGCGAGCAGCACCUGCCGCGGGGGCUGGGGACGCCCCCGGCCAUGAUGUCCCACCUGAACGGCAUGCACCCCACCGCGCACCCCGGCCACCCGCCGGCCCACGGGCCCGGGCUGCCCGCCGGCCGGGAGCGGCCGCCCUCCUCGUCCGGCUCGCAGGUGAGCGGCUCGGGGCAGCUUGAGGAGAUCAACACCAAAGAAGUGGCGCAGCGGAUCACGGCGGAGCUGAAGCGCUACAGCAUCCCCCAGGCGAUCUUCGCCCAGCGGGUGCUGUGCCGUUCUCAGGGGACCCUCUCGGACUUGCUACGGAACCCUAAGCCUUGGAGUAAACUGAAAUCCGGCAGGGAGACCUUCCGGAGGAUGUGGAAAUGGCUGCAGGAACCCGAGUUCCAGAGGAUGUCAGCCUUAAGACUCGCAGGUAGGUCCCGGCGCCGCCCGCCGGAGCCCCGGGAAGGGCGAGCGGGAGCGAGGCGCGACCCUCGGGGGGCAGCGCGAGGAGUCCCGGCCGCUCCCGGCCCGCACGGGGAGCGCCUCCC